AUGGCAGGUACACCCGGCACCACGUCACCACCAUAUCCACGACGGCAGAGUGGCAGUGGAGCACUCUGCACCCUGGCCUUCCUCGCAUCCCUCUUCUUCGCAUUCAUUUGUCCCAUCAACGUCGCCCGCGCAGACGCAUCACCUCCCCCCCACCAUCUCGUCUAUGCUAGAAGGCAGCAUGACGGCCAAGCAUCCGUAGCCCUAGAGGCCAGAAAAGGGCACAGCACCUCCAGAACAUCCUCCUCUUCCUCCUCCUCCUCCGCCAGGCCCGCUGUCACUGCAAGCAGUAGCAAGAACACUUCUUCAUCUUCCUCGAUCAAAUUAACCCUCCCCGACUCCUUUGUCCAAUGUGGAUCAGCAAACAUCGGCAUCGACUCCGUCAUCGGAUCCAGAGAUGCCUCACUCCUGGGCAAUACCAGCGACAAGGUGCAAGACGCAUCCUGGCUCAACCUCCGCAUCCGCGUCUCAAAUAAGAAGAGGGCCCACGUCGACCUAGACCUGCCCAGUGACACCAGCAGCUGGACAUGGCCCUACGUGGACCUGCCUGCCGGAACCAGCUUUACUCUCAUGGUCAGCUCAAUGACCAAUCAAACCAUGGAGCAGGUGGAAGAAGGUCCGACAAAUGCAUCGUCUACUUUGACCAGCCCAAACACGUCUAUCAGCACCACCAUCAUUAGCAACAAGAAGAGGGGAGCUUCCGCCGACGAUGCCGAUGCCGAGGGCGCAGAUGACACCAUUCUCGCCCACUCCCUUGCUAGAUCAAACGUCAUUGCAGGCGUACUCAACAACACCUCUUGUCUUCCUGUAGGCACGGAUUCCGAUGACGAUGGCUCGAAUUCGUCCACUCAUCAUGGAAAUAUAGCACCUUCAUCGUCGGGUCCAAGUCAUGCCGUUACCAUCGUGGCGGGUUUCCUCGGCGGUCUGGUCGGCCUCUUCGUUGCCAUACUAGCUGCAUUGGCCUGGCACCGACGCAAAGAGAAUCGUAGGCGAUGCUUACAGGGCGAAGGCGGUGCCAAUUCCUUGGACCAUACCCAUGGUGGAAGGAUCGGAGACCGCAGAUCAGUUCCUAUCGCAACCUGGGACGGGCAAUACCGAAACAGUCCUCGCGGUGGAUGGAGCUACAUGACCUCACUCGUUCCCGGUUUGAGCAUGGGAGAGCCACCGGGCUUCAAUUCGCCAGGUCCGAGCCCCAUCGACGGCGCCUUUUCGAUGUUUAGGGGACGGAGAAGGGCGGGGCCGACGAGUCGCAGGAGAGAGGAAGGAGAGGAAGACCUACCCACCUAUGGUAAGAGCGAAGAGGAAAUCAAGGGCUUGCCGAGCUAUGAGCCGGGGAUGGGCUUGCGCAAUCUGUCUGCCACAGCAAAUGGGCACCGUCAGUACCAAGAAAUGACCCAGGAGAGGUAUAGAGAUGACGCAGACGACAGCUAUCACGAAGAACAUCGUCUCACAGCAAUCAGAGAGCAAGAAGAACCGGAUUCUGCGGUACAAAGCCCUGCAACGGUCCUGCAUUACUUUCCCUCUGGUCCUUCACGGCCUUAUUCGACUCUGGAUCUCGUCAAUAUCCACCUGCCAGCUAGGGCUCCCGCAGCCGAGGUGGCAUCGUCGGUCACGAUGAAUAACGUAGCCCGUCGUAAUACAUCGAGGUCCGAUAGAGGGGGAUCAGCGGCGGCCGCCCCGGAUGUCAGCUCCUCGACCUCGGCGAUCUCCCUCGACCCCUUUGCCUCACCUGAUGAUAUCACCUCUCACCACACUCAAGCCCGUCGCCCGCACAUUCAGAGGGACGGCUCGCAUCGCCCUUCAAACGCUCCUCGCCCCCACGACCCCACGGCUGGUCGGACAAACCUCGAGGAGGCGGACGAAUACGACUCCCGUGCGCCACUGCUAUGA